GUGUCCGUGGAGUUGUGUAGCGUGUCCGUGGAGUUGUGUAGCGUGUCCGUGGAGUUGUGUAGCGUGUCCGUGGAGUUGUGUAGCGUGUCCGUGGAGUUGUGUAGCGUGUCCGUGGAGUUGUGUGGUGUGUCCGUGGAGUUGUGUGGUGUGUCCGUGGAGUUGUGUAGCGUGUCCGUGGAGUUGUGUAGCAUGUCCGUGGAGUUGUGUGGCGUGUCCGUGGAGUUGUGUAGCGUGUCCGUGGUGUUGUUUGUUCCACGAAGUAUCAAGCUGGCGGACACCUUUGAUACAGCAACAGCUCCAGUCGCAGCACCAGAUUCAGAGGCCACAUCAUUAUCGUCAGAGGGAAUCCUGUCGUGGACUGCAGCUGAGGUAGCGGCCAGUGACGAUAGAAGGGAAAGUAGAACCAGAAGCGAAACAACAUGCCCCAUGUGGUAA